AUGGGCUUUUUAGAGGACAGGGAUUUGAGUGGCGUGCCUAGUAUUCCGGAGUUUUAUAGAGGAAAAACUAUUUUUAUUACUGGCGCUUCGGGAUUUAUGGGCAAAGUCCUGGUGGAGAAGCUGCUGUACUCCUGCCCAGACCUGGACAGGAUCUACGUUCUUCUGAGAAGCAAGAAGGGAGUGACACCAGAAGAUAGAUUGUCUAAAAUCUUUUCUGUGCCUUUGUUCGACCGACUCCGCAAAGAGAGUCCCGGCUUCGAAUCCAAAGUAUUUGUAAUCGCUGGAGAUGUUAUGGAACUUGGUUUGGGUAUGUCUGAAGAGGACCGCGCGCUGAUCAUCAAACGUGUAAAUAUUGUGUACCAUGUCGCAGCUAGUGUUAGAUUCAACGAUCCCCUGGAGUAUGCUAUCCGUAUGAACCUCAGAGGUACUAAGGAGAUGGUGGAACUGGCCGCAGACAUCAAGAACUUAAAUGUCUUCAUCCACGUCUCAACCUCAUACUCCAACACCAACAGGGAGACUCUGGAGGAGAUCAUCUAUCCUCCUCACGCUGACUGGAGGGAGACCCUCGAGAUCUGUGAUACCAUAGACCCUCAUACUUUAAGGAUCCUUACUCCGAAAUACCUAGGAGAGCUACCCAACACCUACACGUUUUCCAAGCAGCUGGCUGAGAAUGUAGUAGCUGAGUAUAAAGGGAUCCUUCCAGUUGUCAUCAUCAGACCUUCCAUUGUUAUUUCAAGUGUGGAAGAACCGAUGUCAGGAUGGAUUGAGAACUUCAAUGGCCCUGUUGGAUUGAUGGUAGGGUGUGGGAAAGGUAUCCUAAGAAGUAUGUACUCAGACCCUGACCUGGUGGCAGAUUAUAUGCCGGUUGAUAUCUCUAUCAAGAGCUUCAUCGUGGCAUCCUGGUUGAGAGGAACUAAGGAACUCUCACCAACUGAUGAUGUGCCAAUUUACAACUGCUGCUCAGGAAAACUGAACCCUAUUACUAUGGGAGAUAUGAUAAAUAAGGCUAAACUCAUAUCUUGGAGUUACCCCUUAAACGAUAUUCUCUGGGCUCCAGGCGGGGACUUAACAACUUCAAGAACUGUGUACUAUAUUAAGGUGUUAUUCCAGCAUUUGUUGCCAGCCAUGUUAGUGGAUACUAUUCUAUGGUGUGCGGGCAAAAAACCAAUACUGGUCACUAUCCAACGACGCAUAUAUAUAGCGAGUAUGGCGUUAAUGUACUACAUUACGAAGCAAUGGACGUUUGACAAUAAAAACCUGGUCCUCAUGAGAUCCUGCAUUAAGGAAGAAGAUAUGCAGCAUUUUUACUAUGACAUAGAAAAUGUACAGCAAGACCAAUUUUUCAUAAACGCUGUAAAAGGUUCCAGAAAAUACCUUUUACAUGAAAAGGAUGAAGAUAUCCCGAAGGCCAAGAGACAUUAUAGGAGAAUGGUGAUCGUGGAUAUUAUAGUAAAGAUACUAUUCUACGGCACUUUAUUCUGGUGGUUCCUGAACUUAAAUUACACUAAAAAAAUUAUUUCUCAAUUGUCGUAUUCAAAUCUUUAAGUUAAGGUCAUAAAUUGCUUUGUUCACUC